GUACUGCAGUCACACUGAUGAUGAUGUUUACUACUCUUACAUCCGAUAUGAACGUUAUUGACAUACGUUCACAAAAGUCCAGGUCCACUGCCCAGUCGAAACGUGCACAAGUCGCACGAGCGUGCAAUUAUUGUCGCACGAACCGAAUCAAAUGCGACGAGGACCUGCCAUGCACACAGUGUCGCCAGCGAGGUUUAUCAUGUGAUAGCUCUUCGAAAACAGCUGCUGUCAGUGUUUCACUGCCUGCAGCUAGCAGGAAGAAUCAGCGCCUGAAGGAGCGCAUCAAAGAGCUCGAAGGCCAGCUGAAGCAGAAGUCGCCAGAAAAUUCUGGCGACGGAAACACGGCGAUAGUUCUCGCAUCACAGGCGCAGGCCCCAGACACCAAUAAAUUUCGCGAAAGCAGCCCACGGUCUGAAUCGGGCCCCACAAGAAUCGCAGAUCGAGACCAGGUAUUCGGACCGGCUCGCGACGGCCCGAGCCCGCUGUCACUAACUUAUUUGGUCAAACGCCUCCUUCGUCAUCUUUGCGAAAACCUCGAUAGAUCAAGCCUGGAUUUCACUGUUCCACAAGUCGUCGAACCAAUGUCGAAUUCAGCCCUGUUCACGCCUUCAGAAACGCUCCAUGCACUUUCUCGAACUGAAGAAGAGCUGUUUCUGUACCCUCUCUGGGAAUCGUUCCACCCAAUAUACCCUGUGCUCUCAUACGAGGACUUCCACCACCAUUACAACGGCUUAUGGAUCAGUCCGCCAGAAGAUCAGCCCCGCAGUCCCUCGGCACUUGUUGACAGUCUUCUGGCUGUCUGCACUCAGUACUCUAGCACGUUCAUGCAUGAUGAUUCUGGACGUCUACAGGAUUAUCCCGUCACCCGCGUUGGUUAUCCUUAUUACUUUCGUAGCCAGUCCUUGCUCGCGAAAGAACUGGAAUCUCCAUCUAUCACGACAGUCCAAGCUUUUGUUUAUUGCAUCAUCUAUCUUUACAACUCUUCUCUACUCAAUACCGCGUAUCACACCUUGGGUAUGGCUGUCCGAGUCUUACACACUCUUCACCUCGACUCUCUGUCGCAGGUGAGCACUACAUUCGAUCAGCAAGAUCAACACGCUCGCAUAUUUUGGACGUUAUACCGACUGGAUAUGGCUAUCUCUAUGUCCUUGGAUCGCCCGUUCCUCGUCCGUCUGGAAGAUGUACCAUAUUCUCUGCCUGAGAAAGCAGACAAUAAUCCACACAUAAUCAGCAGUCCUUUCUUACGAACAAGCGCCAACCUUGAGAUCAAUUGGAUGAGUUUUCACAUGUAUCGUGUCCGGCUUGCAGCAACAUUUCACGGGAUCACAAGCGAUCUUCAAAAGCGGCUUGUCAAGAUCCGGCAAGGAUCGAAAUCUUUCGACAUCCAUGACGAACCCGCUGCGCUCGAGGAUCUGGCAAUGACACUUGAGCAGGAAUCCGAUGCCAUGAAUGACUGGGUGAAAUCCGUACCCGAGUUGUUGAAAGUUCGCCGACACGCCGACAGCGAACCCUUGUCUACAGACCGUGUGAGCCUGAACCUGGACUCUACGAGCCCGAUCUGGCUCCAGAGACAACAACUGAUUCUUGAGUUGACAUAUCAUGAUAACCAAUUGUCAAUUCACCGGCCUUUCCUGCGCAUCUCACUCAAAACGUCUUCCUUCCAGCCCCACACCGAUCGCAUGGGACUCAAGGCGCUCUCACACGCUCUUGCUAUAACGGAUAUUUUACAGGCUCUCUCUGGAACUGAGAUCUUGAGAGGAUGGCUCCCGUUGGUUAGGCUUCAAUGGAAUGCAGUUCUCUGCAUUUUGUGUUUUGUUAUCGGCAACCCAAUAUGUCCCUUCACUGCGGCCGCCCGUAAAGGUCUACAGGCAGCUACCCAAUUUUUUGAGAAUGUGGGGAACUAUUUCCCAUCGGCUCAUAGCGCUGUCAGUAUUCUCAACUAUCUUAUGUCGCUAGGAGACUCUCUCACAGCAAGAUAUCGGCGCCGCAUAGAUCCGCGCAGCUCACCAAAAACGACUUCAAAACCCUGGUCUGAGACUCAGCAAAUCAUACCAUCCUCAGGCGAAAUUCCUAUGUUCUCGCCGAGUCUAGAUGACUAUCUCUACCCAACCUUGACACCCGACGUGUCACGUCCUAUGUCUUCUUCUAGCCUGGAUACAGCUUUCCCUUUCACACAUCCUUCCGGUCAAAUGACUCAUACUUUACCUGACAGCUUCCUAUCUCAGGAACUGCUCAAUCUUGAGAUGAUGAUGAACUAUGGUGGCAACGACAAGCCCAGUUGAUACCAAGACAGGUCGAAGCAACUUCAAACCUAAACCCCUGCCUUCUCUUCCCGAACUCUUCCUCUACGCCUGAAAGUUGUCGAUCUCCUUUUGAAAUUGAGCAUCAUAGAGUUAGACUUUACAUUAUCGACCAUUAGACGAUGAACCUUCCAAAGAAUUUUUGAUUUUAGAAGGGCCCUUCCGUGUGUUCUAUCUAUCUGUUCGGUUCCACCCUCAGCUUCCUGUUUCAGAGUCCACAACGCAC